AUGCCAGAGGUUUCGGAGGUGGCCCAUGUUUGUGCUUUGUUGAAAAGAAAUGUAAUAGGGUUCAAGAUAUCUAACGUGAAUUUACAACUUGAUAAAUUAUUGUUCCCAAUAUUGAAAGAAUCAACGAAUCCAGAGUUGGAAUUGGAGAAAAUGAGGAAUAUCUUUAUUAAUUCAGAAAUUCUUUCAACUGGUCGACAUGGUAAAUAUUUCUGGUUAAGACUAUUACGAGACGGAGAUUCAGAAGAUAAAUCAAAUGUAUUGUUAAUGCACUUUGGUAUGACCGGGAUGAUAAAGAUACGGAAUGUUAAAUCUCAUUUAGUUUUCAUGGAGAAUGGUGGAGAUAAAAAAUUCAAAGAAUCACUUGAAGAAAAGAAUAUAUCAAAUGAAAUAAAGGUAGAAUUAGACACAAAUUGGCCUCCAAAGUUCACAAAAUUUGAGAUGGAACUAAUAAAGGGAAAUAAUAAAUUAGAACUAGCUUUUUGUGAUCCAAGGAGGCUUGGAAGAAUAAGGUUAAUUUCUGACCCAAAGGCUACGACUGAUGAAGGACUAUUGACAUUACCACCUUUGAAUGUGCUAGGACCUGACUAUAGUAAAUCUGCAGAAUUCGUAAAACCCGAGAAAGAGUUUGUUUUUGGUGAUCCUGACCCACUGAAUCAUGGCAGACCUAGAUUAGGUAUUGCAGAAUUCAACAAACUCAUUCUAUCAAGAAAAAAACCACUAAAAAGCUUGUUAUUAGACCAACAAUUAUUUGCUGGUGUUGGUAACUGGGUAGGUGACGAAAUUACGUUCCAUGCAAAAUUGCAUCCAGAGGAAGUUAUAUCAAGCAAGAUAGAAAAUAAUUUAGAUGUAAUUCACCCAAUUGUUCAAAAAUUAUAUGACUCCAUUAUUUAUGUAUGUGAAGAAAGUGUGAAAUGUGAAGGAAACGCAAAACAAUUUCCCAAACAUUGGUUGAUGCUUCAUCGAUGGGGCAAAGCUAGAAAAAAGCAAGGAAAGUCUCAGACGAAGGAGGGUUAUAUUUUAGAUCAUAUCACUGUUGGUGGUAGAACGAGUUGCUAUGCUCCUGAAGUACAAAGAUUAUUGAAAAAGGAAUUCGAGGAUGAGAAUGUGGAGUUAAAAGCAAAACCAAAAGCAAACUCCAAAAAAGUAAUUAAAGAAGAUCUGAAAGGUGAAGUAAAGCAAGAAAUAAUAAGGACAAGCAAAAGGAAAAAUGCUGACGAAGAAUUGGAGUUGAAGGAAACAAAAUUAAUCAAACCUGUGAAGAAAGUAAAGAAGGAAGUUGAUCCACCAAAAGUAGAGUCAAAUGGAAGAAGAAGAUCAGCAAGAAUAAAAGCUAAAAAAUAA